UGGAGGGAGCAUGGGUUGGGGAGAAGCGUUCUCGUGGGGUUUUCAGGCGGGAGAGAUAAGUAAAGGGAGUGGCAGAGGCGCCACCCUGGGCUGGGCGGCCUAGGGUGACCCACAGGGCCCCUCCUCUGCCUUCCUGGUUUUGAUCUCCUUCAUCUGGAGGAAGCGAAAGCCCCCAGAGGCACUCCCAUUCCUGGAGUGUGCACACUGCUGCAGCCAUGAGGCCCCUCGUCCUGCUGUGCAGCUGCCUCCUGCUCCCAGGCUGUGGAGCCCUGACGGGCCUGAAGAAUAUCAGAGGGUCUGAAGGCGACACCGUGUCCAUACUGUGCACCUACGGGGAGAAGCUGAGGAACCACCAGAAAUACUGGUGCAGGAAGGCCGGGAUCCUAUUUGAACGCUGCUCCGGCACUAUCUACGCCAGAGCAGACGGCCGGGAGAACACAGAGGGCAGGGUGUCCAUCCAAGACAGCCCCCGGGAGCUCAGGUUCAACGUGACCCUGAGGGCGCUCACCCUGGAGGACUCGGGAGAAUACUGGUGUGGCAUCCAAAUGCUGGGCUUUGACAGGAGUCUCCUGGUCUCUCUGGUCGUCCUUCCAGGUCCCCGCUCUGCUCCCUCCCCCACACCUUUUGUCCAGCCUCUUGCUACAAGCCUCCAGCCCAAGGCCAAAGCUUGGCAAACUCAGCCCACAGCACUGACUCUUCCUGGUGUCCACCCGCAAGUCACCACAGCCAAGUGGGGGAAGACAGAGGCUGAGGCCUCUCCGCUCACAGGGACAUCCCCACCCGAGCACACAGGAGCAUCUCUGUACACAGGAACCUCUCCACAUGCAGGGACCCCUCCGCGUGCGGGCGCCUCUUCGAGUGCAGGGACCUCUCCACGUGAAGAAACCUCUCCUCACAAAGCAACUUCUCCUCAUGCAGGGACCUCGGGCCCAUCCACUCACCUGGACUCCGCCUCGGCCAAAGACGCCAGUCUGCUCCCCAGCAGCAGCAGCUCCAAGUCCAGGGUGUGCCCCGCAACGGUCCGCGCCUUGGCGCCGGCACUGGUGCUGCUGGCCCUUCUGCUGGUCUCAGGGCUGUGCGCCCUCGGCAGGUACAUACUCCAGUGGAGGAAGAAAGUUCAACUGGCCACGGAGACUCAGAGGAAUGAGAAGGUCCACCACUCACACUUGCCUCUGGGGAAGGGACAGGUGCCGGAGUUCUCUGUGAUCCACAUGGUCGAAGCAACCGCCGGGCCUGCUGCCAGCCCCUGCACGGACAUCCAGUGCCCGGACCAGACUUCAGAGCAAGAGGAAGCCCCGGUCCAGGCCCCGAAUGGCGACGCACUCCCAGGGCCGCCCCUUCACAUGUCCGAGGAGCUCAGGCGCUCCGUGUUUGUCUCGGUCUAGCCGCAGGACGCCCUCUGGGCCAGGCCUGCCGUGGGUCUGCGUGGACGGAUUUCAGCUCAUUGGAAUGAGCUUUCUGCUAUGGCUCAGAGUCCACUUGCCAGAACCCGGGGCUCUGCUCUCCCCGUGCUCCCCAGGCCCUCCUCCUGCAGGCCCCAGCCUGGCCCAGAAGCCUUCGUCCGCCUGCCCUGGUGGCCCCUCAGUUCCAGCAGAGACUGGGCCUCGCCUAAAUGGUCACAUGCCUGGGCAGGGCGUGCCGCCGCUGGGCCCUCGCCAGGGCCAGGCAGGGCUCAGGAGACCUGGGCUGAGUCUGUGUCUGUGGCAGGCGACCCCCUGGGCCUGGGUGACCAGCAACAGGCUCCCCGCCCCCUCUUCAGUCCCCAGGUCACCUCCCCUUCUCCCCUCCUCAGACUUGGGGAGGGAGCAUGCUACAAUUACACUGGUUCUGAGUUCUCGACUUGUGGCCAUGAGCCAGCUGCCCACCAGUCUUUUCAGGAAGCUGGUUAGAAACAUGAUUCCUGCUGGGCUCCACCAAAACCCUCCAAAACCGUGCCUGGGGCUGGGCCCAGGACUCUGGACUUCUAACCGGUGCCUAGUGAUUUGAGGUGGAGACCCCUUAGGCCUGAUAAACAGUUGGGUCCCUCCAGCUUGGAGUCUGCAUUUGGAGUGCGGAGUCUUCCACUUGUCCCUACAGGGGCUGUUCUGCCCAAGAAACCAUGACCCAGCUGUAGGCUUUUCUGGGCCUGCCUGGGCUCAGACCAAGGUCAAGUACACACUGAAAGGCAGGGAGGACUUGCCUCUCCCAUCUGCCCACCCAGCCAGGCAUUCAUUCCAGGCUUUGAAAGAGGGAUAGAGAAAAUGUGACUCCUUCUUUGUCAAUAAAGGGUUCAUUGCCCAUGGGUUCUGGUGAGAAGGGUGAGGAGUAGCAAGCCACUGGGGCAGGUGGGUGUCUGUACUGGAGGACGGCCCUGGCUGGUGUGGCGCAACAGGUUGAGUGCUGGCCUGGGAACCGAAAGGUCACUGGUUCGAUUCCUAGUCAGGGCACGUGCCUGGGUUGUGGGCCAGGUCCCUGGCUGGGGGCGUGCAUGAAGCAGCCUAUCAAUGUUUCUCUCUCUCUCUUUCUCCCUCCCUUCCCCUCUCUCUAAAAAUAAAUAAAAAAUAGCAUAUCAGCACUUCUGCAUGUUUUUACAAACCUUUCUUAUUAUAUCCAUGUGCUUCCAUGUGAUUAUUCUCUUACACUAAGUAAUUAUUUCCUAUUGCUUUAUAAAUAACAGCUGGUGGUGAAUCUUUGCACAAGGCUUUAUUCGCAUAUGGAGAUUGCUUUAUUUUUAAGAUUUUAUUUAUUUACUUUUAGAGGGGGAAGAGGGGUAGAAAGAGAAGGAGAAAAACACUGACAUGUGAGAUACAUCGAUGGGUUGCCUCUCACGCGCCCCCAACGGGGGACCUGGCCCGCAACCCAGGCACAUGCCCUGACUGGGAAUCGAAGCAGUGACCUUUCUGUUCGCCGCUGGCACUCAGUCCACUGAGCCACACCAGCCAGGGCCGCAUUUGGAGAUUUCUUUAAGACGGACUUACGUAUGUGAAAGUGCCAGGUCAUAGGGUGUGAAUGUUUUUGAAGUUGCUGAGACCCAUUGCUAAACAGCUGGCGAAAGAGCAAUUCUGAGAUGUUCUAAAUUGAAUUAUAGUGGGCCGGAGAGGGAGCAAAAGUGACAGGAAUAAUUAACCAAUUAAUCAUUAUACUGGCUAACUAACUAACCAGUUAAUCACUGUGAGCCGGCUGACAAGAGACGGCUGACAUUCCUGAAUGCCUGUUGGAGCUUUGGGUCAACCCGCAGGCAUCCAGCAGCUCACCAACCUCACCUGUGACGGGGCGUGAGCCCGCAGGCCCAGGGCCUGUAACCAGUAAAGGGGGCAAAUGUCCCUUCCUUCCCCACCAUGUGCUCCUGUCACAGAACUGCCCCUGCUUCGCCUUAUCGGUAGCCCCUGUAAAUUCUUUCCAAACAAAUUACAUUUCUUCCCUAAAACCUAAUACACAAGCAAGCCAUCAACGUCAGGAGGGCGCACGUGGUGCCUUCUCCACCAGUCCACGCGGCGGGAGGUUUAGACCUCACGCUUCAGGACCCGGUCCCUUUCUGACUAGAAAUAUGGCCCCAAAAUCCUUUCUUAAAAAAAAAAGGUGUUCAGCUGUGGAAGUUAACUUUUCUUUGUUGUUGUUUAGCACAGCUUUCUGAAAAGCAGAAUCAAUGUCAUUACCGACCAGGGCCUCACAACCAGCAUUUCUUUCUUUCUUUUUUUUUUUAAGAUUUUAUUUAUUUAUCUUCAGAGGGGAAGGGAAGGAGAGAGGGAGAGGAACAUCAAUGUAUGGUUGCCUUUUGUGCAUCUCCUGACAACCAGCAUUUCUUGAAGUCGUCUCCAUCCCUGGGGGUGUGGCGGGAGAAACUGUAACUUAACCUAACCUACAAUAUAUGUAGCCCAGCGGGUAGGCUAGCAUAGAUUAACCUUUUUUAAAAAAUGCUCACCAGAGUACACAUGUAUUGAUUUUAGAGAGAGAGGAAGGGAGACAUCUAUCGAUUGCCUGCCAAACGUGCCCCCACCAGGUAUCGAACCGGCGAACUUUUGGUGUUGCAGCAUGACGCCCCCACCUACUGAGCCACCUGGCCAGGGCUAGCCCAACCUUGGCUGUAGAGUUUGUAGCUUUGCCUUGAGGUAAUCCUAGAAUCUCCCUAGAAUUUAUAAAGCUUGUAUAAUGUGUAUCUUAUAAUUUGCCAAAAGUUUCACAGAAGACCAAGAAAGGUGUAAUUAGCUAAAAUUCCUUCCAUAACAACCGCAGCCCCGACGUUGAGGAUCGCCAGAAUGGUUUUUCAGAACCAGGAUGCGUUGAAGGACCAGGGGGCUAACGAGCUUGAAGGGCCCUCUAGGCACCUCCUCAUCAUAUGAUACUAAAAUCUCCACCUCGGGGGAGAUCUGCCAGCAUUUUUGAACAGGCGAUGUAUAUACAGCUGUUUCCUAACUGCGCUGCGCAUGCACCGAAAUGGCCCCCAUAUACCUGCAAUGACGAAACCCACCUUGACGUUUACGCACGAUUCCCCCCAAUAAAGAUGCAUCGGCACUUUGUUCAGGGGCCCACAUUCUGAGAGCAAUCCCUGGCUUGCUGGCUUCCAAUAAAGA